AUGUAUGCAAUAAGGACACUAAAGAGCUCAAGUGCGGUUGUUUCAGCAACAAAAGCGAUAUAUAGGGAUAUGGAAUGCAUUUUUAUAAACAAAGGAUCUGCUGUGGAUAUAUGCAGUUUGGAUUUAAAGCUUAUUGAUACAAUAUAUCCUAACGGAUGGGUGUUGCUUGCAAUUCCUGUUACUAUCUCAGGCGCUGAUGGGAUUUUGCUAGUGUAUUCACAAGGAAUGUAUGCCAUAGUAUGCAACAGAGUGCGUGUGCAUAUGGGCCAGAUGCCAAUCAAGGCAAAAUGGACAAGAUGGAUUGAAUGUUCACAGAUGUUUAUUUUUGUUGCAGACGAAGGAUAUGUGGCUAUUGCGCGAAUGAAUAAUCAAGGAUUAGUAUUUGCAAAUGAUUUAAAUGACUUUAGCUAUUAUAAGAUUCUUGAAUGCCUUAGCAUUAGGAAUUGUGCUGAGUUUGUGAUUGAGGAUAUUUCAGGAGACGUAUUUUUGGCGAGAUAUAUAUCUAGUCAGAACGGGCAGAGGAUGAUACUAAAUGAACGAGUGAUACUAAAGAAAGGAAUCAAACACGUAGAGAUCAUUGGUGAUGGAAUGCUAUUAUUUGCGAAUGGAAAGGUUCAUUACUAUGAAGAAGGGCGCUUUGUGGCUGAAAGUGAAUUUGCAAAUCAAAAUAUUAAAUGUGGUUUAGAGACUGAGAGAGGAGUACUGAUGUCUAUGAAUGAUGGAGAAGUCAUACGUGUCUCGUUGAGAAGUGUGCAGGAUUUACAAAAUACUACCAUGCAUGCACCGAAUGUAUUAACCCUGAAAACCGAGGUUCUUGGGAAUGUCGGCACAUGGUUUAACUCGAUUGUUCCAGUUGGUAAUGGAUGCUAUUAUGCAGCAUCAAGUGCUGGGGCAUCGUAUUACCUGAAGAUAGGAAAACGUCUCAAGAUACUGAAAGUGUUUGAAAACAAAGGAGUACAACAAGGAUUGGAGCUUUUUGAAGGAAGAUUCGGAUAUAUCGCUGCGAAUAGCAUUGAAUUUAUGAUGUAUGGUGUUGAUAUCUGUGUGGAGCCGAAGUAUGAGUUUGCAAGUGCUGUAAGAAGGUUUGGAAUAUAUGAAGGAUGGCUGAUUGUAUCUUAUCUGAACGAGGGAAGGAUGUAUGGAGAGCAUAUACAAGAAGAAAGAAAGUUUGAUGAAAUUUUGAAUAUUUAUAAUGGAAUGCAAUGCUACUUCAAUACAAGAAAUAAUAUAUUUAAGGUGAGUAAUACGGGUAUUACAGAGAUUGAAGAGAAAGGGAUUGUAUUGACGGCAUAUAAUGAACAAGAGUGUGUUAUAUAUACUGAUGAAAGAUGUAUUGUGAGGAUAUGUCUUGAAACAAUGAGGAGAGUUAUAUGUACAGAGUGUAAAUACGAAGUGAGUUUAUUGUAUAUUAACAAAUAUCUGUUUGUGUCAACAUAUAAUGAUGAACUUGUAAUUAUGGACAAGAAUAGUUUGAAGGUUUUAGAAGUAAGAAGACAUGAAAUGCUAAAAGCAGCAUGUGAUGUAGAUGAAGACGUGUUUUUUGUGGGAAUAUCUGGUAUGUGUUAUAGAAUGCGUUAUGGAGAUGAUGAAAAUGAUUAUGUUAGCAAGAUUGCCAUUGAGUGUUUGUUUUCAUUUGGAUUUGUGGUUGAUACUCUUAUUUAUGUGCCUGGAUACCUGGUGGGAAUAGGAUUCAUGACUGUACUUGUGGAUUUGAAUAGAUUUUGUUUGUACAGAUGCUCACAGGAAGGAGUAUCAUAUGGAGUAUUUGCAGAUCAGUUGUAUGUUUCAAGAGGAUGUGGAAUAUACAAAUGCAAACUUGUAUUUGAUCCAAAGCUUUUGGUAUCUACAAGACAUUGCUGGAUUGAAGAGCAAUUAAAAACUAAGAUAAUGCGCAGAUUUAUUACAAAUCAUGAUGAGCAGGAAGUAUGUGGAUAUGUAGAGUUUGACCUGAGCAUUGGAAGGGAUGCAGUUAUUAAUUCGUAUGUACAAGUGAAUGCAAACAAAAGGAAUGUUUUUAAGCUUGAGAGUGAGAUAUUAAUGGAAGGAAAAUCCUUAUCUACGAAGUAUUUCAUAGUUGCAAGCAAUAUGUCCAAGGAUGAAGAGAUGUCUAAGAUACGCAUGCUUCUGAUUAAAAAUGAAAGAAUUAAGGUAUCAUACGAAGCUGUUCGAAGAGGAGUGGUUUAUGGACUGUGUAUUGAUGGAGAAUAUGUAGUGACUCAUAGAGCACGUAUGUUGUGUGUAUACAAGUGGCAGGCAAAGUCUCUUGUUGAACUAUGCGAGAUGGACAUUGGAUUUGUGCCGUAUAAAAUAGCGAGCAAUGCAGGUAGAAUUGCAUGUUCAUGCAUGAACAGAUCAUUUGAGGUAUUUGUAUUUAUUAAGGAAUGCAAUUCAUUGGCACGAGAGUUUAUCAAUGCAGACAAGAUUCAGGUGGAUACUAUGAUGUUUGUACCUGAAGGGCUUCUUGUCACAACAUCUAAUGGAAAGAUAAUACUGUAUGGAAGUGGAUAUGAAGUAGUGCUUUCUUUUGAUACAGAGCGUAUAACAAGCAUGGCUUGUGGAUCUUUAUCAUUACAACAGUCAAAUAUGAUAUAUUUUUUGACAGAGAAUGGAAAGAUUGGAGGAAUAUCUACAGUAAACGAAGAUGAAAUGAGAAGCCUACUUGAGCUAGAGCAGCAUGCAAAUACUCUUUCAAUAUGUCCAAAGCAGAAAAAAACAGAAAAGAUAGUUGAUAUUGAUCUGAUUAAUACUCUAAGCAUUUCAGAGAUAGAAAAAAUUGCUGAUGAUAAAGGAUUUGACAAAAACACAUUUUUUGGAAUUCUUGAUAAGAUUAGUAAAAUGUAUUGA